AUCAGUUGUUUUGCCCGUGGUGUGAUGCCCUCUGACGUCUUACAAAAUUGUCACAACGGUUAGGUCGUUCACUGCCAUUCAGAGAAGAAAAGGGACCGGUCGAUCGGCUUUUUGCCUUCAAAACCAAGGGGUCAUGUCGGAGCCAGGAGCAGCGCCUCCCUGGUCCGGCCCGGUGACCAUCACCGAGGCGACGGCGCCCAACAAGAUCUGGGCCACGCCCGCCAGCGUCACCGACGACACCCGGUUUAUGAAAAUUAAGCAGCAGAUGGUGGAAGUCUGUACCAAGCAGAGACAUCAUCUGAAGAUGGAGUCAAACGUUAAACAAGGAGAGGUGUACGUGUACCACCCGCCGGCGACGAACCGGUGGUACCGCGUGCGCGUGCUGGCCCGCUUCCGCAGCGCCGCCACGCCGUGCUGCAGUGUGCUACUGCUGGACGACGGCGAGAGGAAGACGGUGGCCGACUGUGAGCUGUACAGGCUGCCGGAGCCGUUCUGCGACCUGCGCCAGCUGCCGCCGCAGGCGCUCCGCCUCAGGCUGGCCGGCGUGGUACCGGUGGAGCUGGUCUGGCGCCUGGACGACGCCGGCGCCGUCCAGUGUCACGUGGACCGGGCGGCGCACUGGAGCGAGGCCGCCUGCCUGUUCGUCUCGCGCCAGCUGACGCCGGGCACGCUGUGCCGCCUGAGAGGGGCGCGCGAGUGA